GUGAUCUGAGGAUUGUGCUGAUAGGAAAGAAUGGAUCAGAAAACAGACGGGUGGCAAACAGUAUACUGGAAUAAGAACUUCAGUGAGAACGACAAACACAGAGUGAAAUAUGUGCUGAACCUCUUCAGUUACCAGGCCAUGAAACACACUAUAGUGCUGACUACUGAUGAUGAGCCACGCGGAUCAAUAUUCGCUUCUAGGAAUAACACUAUUCAUGAUUUAAUAAAGGAGUGUGGAGGAGGACAUCUGAAGUUUAAUACAGUAAGCACAGGAUGGCGCUUUGAGUUGUUCAGAAUGACAGAAGAGAUACUCAAGAAAGAAUGUAUAGAAUUUCUCAUCUGUGACACGUGUGAGGAUGAAGGUGGAACAUCAGUGGAGGAAGAUCUGAGCAGAUCUGGAGCUUCAGUCAGAGGAGACGAGAAAAAGAAGGACACAAAAACAGCAAGUGAUGGAGGAGUGAUGACUACUGGGAAAGCAAAGCUGAACAUUGUGCUGUGUGGAAAUAAUCCAACACUCAAGAACUCAGUGUCUAGAAUGUUUAGAGGGAUAACAAGUAAACCGGGACGUAAAGAGAUGAGUAAAGUGUGUCAGAAGGAAGAGGAGAAGAUGGAUGGACGGCAGAUCUGUGUAAUAGAGCUUCCAGCUCUCUCUCAGCUCUCAGAGGAGGAAGUGAUGCGGGAGACUCACCUCUGUUUGUCUCUCUGUGAUCCUGGAGUUCAUGUUUUCAUCCUUGUUACUCCUGUCACUCCACUUACUAAUGAAGACAGAGCAGAAAUGGAGAAGAUUAGAGGAAUAUUUUACUCACAAGAGCACUUCAUGUUGCUUUUCAUCACUGAACUCACUGUUGACCAAAGUGUGUCAGAUUUAGUAGAAUCCACAGAAUCUCAGAGGAUUGUGAGUCUCUAUGGGAGCUGGUACAGUGUGAUGGGGUUAAAGGACCAGAGAAGCUCAGAACAGAUCUCAGAUCUGUUAGAUCGUAUAGAGAGCACGAAGACUGAACCCUAUUCUCUUCAUACGUAUAGGAGAGCUUCAGAAAAGAGAGUCAGAAAUGAACUAGAGGAGAAACUGAGAGACAAUGAAAUCAGAGAGCUACAGGAGAAUAUCAAGGCGGGGAUCCAGAAGGCAGCGGUGGAGCCGAAGGGAUGGAGGAGCCUGACAGAGCCGGUGGGACGAGGGAGCCCGGUGGAGCCAGUGGACUGAUGGGCCAUGGCGGAGAGGAGGGAGCUAAGAGCCAUGGUGGAGCCACUGGGUCGACAGGCCGAGGCGGAGGCUGGAGCUUAGAGGCUGGAGGAUGAGGCCAGGGAUUCCCCAGCCAUGGUGACGAUGGAGGA